AUGUCGAAGGCUAAAAUUCUUGCAGGUUGGAUUUGGAUCACUUUCAUUGUUUUCUCCCAAGCCAAAGUGAUCCAUGACACCCCGAAAAACUUAUUGAAGAAGCGGGUGAUGAGAGCAUUCAACCGCCAAACCAGCUCCCCUCCUCCCCCAUUUGUGCCUAUAUACGACGAGCAUCAAGCCGCGUAUGUCAAAGCCCACAAUGACCUCAGGAGGAAAGUUGGCGUCCCGCCAUUGACGUGGGACGCGAAUUUAACUUCGGCCGCUCGUUCAUGGGCGGAGCAGCGCAAGGUCGAUUGCGAUUACAGGCAUCAUUCCCCUGGAAAAUAUGGUGAGAAUCUUUUUUGGAUGCAAUAUUCGGAGUUUACACCGGCUUCUGUGGUACAACAUUGGUUCAAUGAACAACAGUUUUUCGAUCAUACCAAGAAUCUUUGCCUGUGCCAACCGCAGACAGAUGGCUGUGAAUGUGGCCAUUAUUUGAAUGUGAUAUGGGAAACUACCACAAGGGUUGAGUGCAGUGGCUCUGUUUAUUGCGACGAUCAAAAGGGUGUUUACGUUGUGUGUUCCUAUGAUCCUGCGGGGAAUAUAAAGGGUAUGGACCCAUUAAAUCCUGGUAAUUGA